AUGUCGACUCGCGCCUUGGCUCUGAAGACUUCGCCGUCGCCCAGCGUCAAGGGUGGCAGCAGAAAAGGUACCAGAACAGGAACAAAGGAUUCGGGGGCUCUUGACAGCAGAUCAAAAGCUUCCGGCUCCGUCAUGAGCGAUGAGCACCACAUUGCCAAAGAGGGUUCAAAUGCUUCCGACAAGUUCAUAGUCGGUAUCAUUGGAGCUUCGUUGAUGAUCGUGCAGGUCGUCGUGCUGAUUGCUGGUCUUACGACAUGGCUAAAAGUGACGAACGUGGAUAUGGAAAGAGAACUACUGAAAGCUUCAGUGGACACGGUCUGA